AUGAAAGGCUCUUCACGGGCUCCCCUUGUUCUUCCUGCCUCUCUCCCGUCUUCUCUCCUUCGGCCUCUCUCUUCCCUUUCCUCUCCUGAUCACCGCCUCGCCUCCGCAUCACAUUCCCGGGCGGCGCCAGUACUUCCCCUUUCCGCCCGCCACGCCCUGCUCGACCCGCUCUUCCUCUCCGCGCCACUCCCCUCGCUAGACGCCGCCCUCCCCCUCCUCUCGCUCUCCCCCUCCAUUUCCGCCUACACUGCCGACCCCUUCCGACCUUCCCUCUUCCCGCUUCUGAGUCAUCCCCGUCUCUGGUCAGUCUUGAGCCUCCUUGCCCAUCCAGUCACUGGAUCUCGUCCCUCAUCUGCCAAUCUCUCACCACCACUGCCACCACCACUUUCACCCUUUUUCCCCCUUUCCCCUCUCUGCCUUAAUCCCUUUGCCUCUUUUCCCCUCUCUGCCUCCUUCCCCCUUUCCUCCUUACAAACUCCACCUGAGAGGACCCCUCCCCACGCGCCACAGGGGAUUUCUCGUCAGCCAGAACAGCGCAUAUCUCGCUCGGACAGUGCACGCCCCUCGCCGUCGCAGAGCUUCUCCCAUCGCCCUCACCCCCCUCUCUCCUUACCUUCGGAUGCGCCUCUCCACUCGCCGUCGCAGCUUCUCUUGUCGCCAUCGCUGCGCCGCCUCUCCCCUCGCCGUCACAGCGCCCUUCCCGUCACUCUCGCCACGCCUCUUCCCUCGCCUCUCAUCUCCUCUCCCCACGCCGUCACAGUGCCUCUCCCCCUUUCCGCCGCAGUGCCUAUUCCGGGGGUGUAA